AUGAUUAGCAUUUCAGUUUGCACUUGUAUUAUUGUUUUAUAUUUAAAUAUCUAUGGAGAGUGUAAGGAAGAGUAUGAAAGUGUAUUAUUGGUGAUUCGCGAAUUUUAUAAACUUCCAGCAAGAACUUCAACAUCAGAUUGGGGAGAUAUGGAAGCAUAUCUGUGGAAAGGUAGAUUAAGAAUUAUUUCAAAAGGAGAGAAAUGUUUUAUCAGGUUGGAAGAUGGAGGAACUGGUGAAUUAUUUGCGCAGUCUCCAUAUAAUCCAGAUAAGAAUUCGGUCGAGUCAGUUAGAGAUUCGAGUAGAUACUUUGUAUUAAGAGUUGAGGAUGAUGAUGGUAGACAUGCAUUUAUAGGAAUGGGAUUUAGAGAACGUACUGAAGCUUUUGAUUUCCAAGUAGCAUUACAAGAUCAUAUCAAACAUGUUAAAAUUGAAAAAGAAUCAGCAGAAAAGUCCAAACAAAUCAAUUUGGAGCCAAAAAAGAAUUUUAGUUUGAAAGAAGGUGAAACAAUUUCCAUAAAUAUUGCUGUUAACGUUAAUGUUAGUGGCAAUAAUGGUGCUAGUUUUGAUGAAUUGAAUUGA